CGACUAAAUUCGUUCAUAUGUGUGUCACUUCAUAGUGGAUGCUACCCGACCUCCUCACAAGGGGACUGGUCACGUUAUCCUCUAAUCAUUCCUUAGUACAGUACCUUCCUCGCCGCUCGCCCUCGUGGAUACGCGUGAUCCCGCUCUGCCACUCUGCCGAUCAAAAAGGUGUCUCAAAAAAGACUGUUUGCUACCAGAAGGAAAGUCGUACACCACGGACAAUUCCGUUUCUUUCUCUUUGCCAUAUCGGAGCAUAAAGAUGGCGAAUGGGAAAGAACGGUCAUCUCCCGAGAAAAGCCCUCCUUCUCCUUUCUUCCAUCCGUCCGGCCUUCAAACGGAACACUUUCGACGCUCACCCCCGUAUCUGGAAGGAAGCCUUUCCGAGUCGCCUAAAAAUUCCGUCGCCAGAAAAGUCGAUGGAUAGUCUGUUCCAUGACCUUUCCCUGUACUUUUUCCUAGCAGAAAACUUUGCGGCCGGUGCUCCCGACUCAACCAUAGCAUGCGAGGUCCGAUUCCGACUGGUCGGACCUUCUCUGUGUGGCCGUGCUGUCACUCCGUCCAUCUUGACCCACACAUCACGCCUUUUCUUUCCUCUGAUCCAUUGGAGAGAUCUUACUAGGCAGUAUGUUCAAUAAGCACCCAAG